GGACGUCGAGGUUGACGCCUUUGGACCAAUGGGUGUGUUUGUUGUUUGGUUUGGAGUGCAGCAAGGACCGGGAGCCUGCGGAGGUUGACGAAGAGGUUGCGAUGUUGGACCUUGCGAUGUUGAUUCCGAUCACCUCAGGAUGUUGUGAUGUUUGAAGAUUUAUGGCUCAGAGGGUUCAAGUUUUAUAGAUUGUGAGGAGGAGACAGAAGCGUCUCUUCCAAACGACGUUCUUCUUUGGGCUGGAUGGAGAACAGAGACAAUCCGCUUCCCAUUCUCCUGGGCGCAAAGAAGAAUCCUGACUUGGACGUUUUGACCAAAGUCUCUGACCAGGACUUCUCUGAGAAGCUCUUGCUUUCAGCCUCGGCUGCGGGAGAUGCCGCGCAUGCGCAGCGGCUUCUGCUUCAGAAGGCGAACGUCGACAGCAAGGACCAUGGAGGCCGAACGGCCUUGCACUUGGCCUCUGGAGGCACCGCAAGAGGUGCUGAAGAGGUCGCAAAGAUCCUGCUGGGACAGCGUGCACUUGCCAAUGCAGUGGACCACGUGGGGAUGACGCCACUGGACAUGGCCAUGUUGGUGCAGAACUGGGGGAUCAAGAAGCUCUUGGAGCAGAAUGGUGUGGAACUCCAACCCAUCUUGAAACGAAAGGCACAAGAAAGCUCCUGGCUGCUGAAGGCCUCGGAACUCAAACUCCGACGUGAAAUCGGACACACUUUGAAGAGUGUGGUGCACCUGGCCGAUUGGCACGGGACCAAGGUGGUGGUGAAAUGCAUCAAGAUGAAGCGGAGGGUGAUCAUGAACAAGAUGAAACGAUCCAAGAGCUUUGACCUGUCCCUGGCGAGUGAAUUGCACGAAUUGGACGACGUUCCGGUGGAGAAGGAGGAUUGCAGCCCGGAGGAAGCAGAGAUCGAGCACAUGUGUUCGGAGGAGCUCCUGCGUGAGAUUGAACUUUUAUCAUCCCUUCGGCAUCCUGAUUUGGUGCUCUUCUUGGGGGCAUGCUUGGAGAAUGACAUGCCGGUGAUGUUCGUCACAGAGUACAUGCCGGAAGGUGACCUGGAACACUACCUGUACAAGAUGAGGGAUGAGCGGCAAGUGCCCCACUAUGCCCCACCUCUAUGGCGAACCAUCGAAUGGUCUAUGGCAGUGGCUCGGGCAUUGGCCUUUCUCCACAAGUUCCCAGUGAUUCAUCGAGAUUUGAAACCACUAAAUUUGCUGCUCACCAAGACCUUGGAGAUAAAGGUCACAGAUUUCGGGACCAGCAAACUCAUGGCCAAAGCGGCAAGAGAUUCUGAGGAUGGCUCUGUGGACAACGACUUGAAGCACUCGACCAAGGGGGAAACUCAGAUGACCUUGGGAGUGGGUACGUACAACUAUAUGGCUCCAGAAGUGGUCAGGACAAAGAAGUAUGAUGAGAAAGUUGACAUCUAUGCCCUGGCCUUGAUUAUGUUCUACUUGAGUUCAGGGAAGCGGCCAUUUUACCACCUCUUUGUCAGAGGCCAAGGACCCGCGGAGCUGCUCGAGCGGUUCGCACACGGAGAGGAUCCCAGACCGGAUGCGCGGCAGUGCCACCGCCGCCUGCGCGGCCUCAUCGAGCGAGGCUGGGCGGUCAAGGCGUCAGAGCGGCCGAGCGCCAAGGAGCUGCUGGAGGACUUAGAGGAAAAAAAAGAACUUGCAGAUGCCGGGUGUUUCUUGCCAAAGUUGCACUAGCAUGUGAGCAGUGACCUUGCGAAUAUGCUUGGGACCCACAAUCAACUUGUAUUCGGGUUGUGUUCACCAGUCCGAAAUUUUAGCUCUUGACCUGGAAGGAGGCGUUUUCGAUUUCAAUCGUUUCCGAGCUUUGAGUCCAUGCCGCUCGAGCUUCGGGGCUGGAAAAUCAUCGAUUCGGAGCUUUGAGCCCUUGGCACGAGAAAACUGCUUUAGGGCCGGCCCAUCGUUCCAGACAGUUCCAAACAACUUUUGGUCCAAAGACCCGUUUGUUGGUCAUUUGACAGAAUUCAAGUGCUUGGGUGUAAAGAACACUGUGACAGACAAUCCAUGAAUCAAUCUCUUGAACUUUGCAGGGCGGGCUUAGGCGAAAAA